GAGUUUGCAGUGCGCACGCGCGACAGAAAACUCCAUUAUUAUUUUUCUGGGAAUCCAAAUAAAAAAAACAAACAAAAAAGAAGGCAACUGGGAAUUUUGGAUUCCAUGGCUCGCGAUGGUUAUCGGAAUACAAUUGCAAGCAAGACGGCCUAGAAGUCCAGUGGCAAAAAGAAGGUCUUGGAGAAGUCUCAGCCGGCAGCGGGACAGCCUCCACUCUUGCUCUUGUCGGGCCACUCCAAAUCAAGCUCAUCAUCCUCAUCUCAGCUCCUCCUCGGAUGUGAACUGAAUAAACAUCUGCAGCGUUCAUCCUUGUGAGCACAGAGAGGCUCGGCCUGUUUGUUGGGGACAAUUGGGCGUUGAGUCAGUUUCACUGGCAGUCUGCAUGCUUCUAACCCACCAGCAUGUUCAAUCAACAGUCAAUACCAUAGCCAAACCCAAGCCUGGCUUCCCAAAGAUGACAAGCCGCUGGCAGGCUGCAGCUACAGAAUGAUGGGAGGAAGUGACACUGGCAGUGGGGACAAGGAUGGGGUGGUCACCGCUGCCAUACACAUUCCUAUCGGCUGGCAGAGGAGACUGCAUGGCAACCAGGUGGUGUAUGUCAGUCCCAGUGGUACUUCUCUGUCGUCCCUGGAUGAGGUGAAGACCUAUCUGUUGACUGAUGGUACCUGUAAAUGUGGUCUGGAGUGUCCGCUUGUCAUCAACAAGGUUUUCAACUUUACUAUGGGGGUAAAGGUGGAGAAGCACAAGCAGCCUUUAGGCAAAGCAGAGCAGGACAUGACCAAACUGUGCAACCACCGCAGGAAAGUGGUGGCAAUGGCCGCUCUGUGUCGCAGUAUGCAGGCAUCACAGCUGCCCUUUACUCACCUUCAUCACGCCGAGGUGAGCAAGAGUGUAGGCAAUUGCAACCCAAAGAGGGCUCUUGUUGAACGGGAAGAAGAGGACCGGAACAUUUAUCAUCCCAAAUUUCAUCCAGCUCCUGCGCGACCUCAGAAUAGCACCACCCCAAAUCCCUGCACCAGCCCCAGUUCCUCUCAUAAAAAUAUUUAUCCUUAUAAUGGUUCUUCCCCAGUUCACACAGGCACAAACUCUCACCAUCCCUUUGACGCUUUACGAAAGUUUCACCAUCCUCUUCCUCAAACCGUGCCCUUUACCUCUUCCAACAGCCCCCCAUUUCCCUCUUACCAUGUUACACAAAGGUCACCCCGCACUCCCACCCCUCAAAAUGUCAGUCAAGGUCAGAAAACAUCCCAAACCCCUGAAAGUCCUGCUUCCCCUCUCCUAAGGCCGCUGUGUUCAACUCCUUGCUCCUCUCCUAAAAGCUUUGCGAUGGGAGGACGAGUAUCACAGAGUCAAGCGCAGCAUCCAGCCGGGGUCAUAGGUGGAGGCUCUCCACUCUCCCCCACUCCUGUUCUCUCACCCUCUGUCCAUAACAUGAGCUGUGUCUCCCCUCUGCAGCGUUCCCACCACGCUUCGGCCUCCCCCUCUCAUGUCUCUGAUCAGAGUGGAAACUCGACUGCAGCGGCCGAAGGACUGAUGGGAAAUAACAUGUCACGCAGGAGAAAGUCUAUCUCUUCCUCUCCACAUUCCCCUGUUCCUUGCGGCUCACCGAACCCCAGCCCCCACAUCUUCAAGUUCAAGCUGGAAGAUAUCUUGGAGCAAUUUAAGAACUCUGGCAACAAUAGCACUAAUAACAACCACCUUCCAAACCCUACAAACACCAACAUACUGACUAACCAAAGCAGUCACGGUCCUCGCGUUCCCCCUCUGAAACCCUCAAAGAGUAUAGCAAACCCCAGUACAGUACCUCCAAGUUUUGGGUUGAACUCUGCAGGGAUGUCCAGUGUGACUCUGGGACCAUUUUUGAACCACCACAGUCCCCAGGGCCAUCUGCCGCCAUCAACUUCUUUUCCUGCAAGUAGUCUGCUCUCUGCGGCUGCUAAGGCUCAGCUGGCUAGCCAAGUAACCCAGGGCCAGGGUUCAAAUGUGGCCUGCAGCCAAACAAGUGUGUCCUCUUCGCUGGAAAUCUUGACAGGGGCAACGCAAAAAUUGUCAACAAAGGUAACAAACAGCACUUUAAAAAACUGCCACCUUCCCUCUCCCAUUGCUGCCUCUAGGCCUCACUAUCCCUCUCUAGCAGCAGCGUCCUCUGUCCUUUUUACUUCAUCCCACUCCUUAGCCCAGUCCCUGGCUUCUUCCUUGCCUCAACUGUCUCCCAAAACAGAAAAAAAUAUAUCUCACAGCAAAAGGCGACGGCGAUCUCCAACUGUUCUCAGCAUGAUCAGAGACAACCAGCAGCUGAUCAAUGGGUCACAAAAGACCUCGCCAGUGGACUCUGCUACAGCCAUGAACCUGUCAUCUUUGGCUUGCCCACGCUUUUCCUCUACCUCAGAUGUGCAGAACGCAAACAGUGUCACAUCCGAGCACCAUCAUCAUCUGUUACCCGGGCAAAUAUCCAAGUUUCUGACUCCCAACCAGACGGCACAGCUUUCUGAACCUCCUCGCCAAGAAGAGACCUUGGAUAUCACUUCAAGCUUGUCUCCUAUGCCCCUUAGCUUGGAUCCUCCAAACCAGCCCCUCUCUGCUCUGUUGCACUUACUGAGUGUACAGAAUGCGCAGGCCGCAGUCUCAUCUUCCCACACUGCUCCAGAUAAUUUGGGAUCCAUUUGUGAAGGGAGUGGACACACUAGAAUUCAGAGCCCCACUCUUGCUCCCUCAUCUCUUACCCCCAAUUCCAGUUGCAACCAUGCGCAGCCACCAUCACCAUGCCAGACCAGUAACACUAACACAAUACCUAUGAUUUCUCCCCCUCGCACCUCCACCCAUUUCAAAGCAGUGCAGUCGCAAUCUCACUCCGUGAGAUUAAGCCCUCUAGAGAGACAUUCCCCUACUUCCUCAAUGCCUUCACAAACAAAUUUAGCUUUACACAACAUCAACAGCCCAUCUUUACAUGUGGCCACUAAUACACUAGAUGGGCAGCAUCGACCAGAGAAUCACAUUUCAACAACUGACACUGUUUCCCGGACACUUUGUUCGGAAGCGUCGCCACAGAGUUUGAUCAGUAACAGCUCUUCCAUAGCUGAACUGAGUCAGUCGCAAGGCAAUGUUUCUUUAGCGUUAUCCACCUCUCCAAAGCCUCUUGAUCUUAGCAACCAUGUUCUAGCCCUUCUUGCAGCAUCCUCGACUGUAAGCCAGGAGGAAGGUAGCAAAGAUGACCACACAAAUGAUGCAGUGAUGUCUUCCCAAGAAAACCACACUGCAGGAUCUCGGUGUUCUGUAAGUUUGGACUUGAAAAACUCUACAUCAACGAAACUGCUGACACCCACCAGCCCAGAAGUCAUCUCCUCUCAGCUUAGCGAUGACAGUCCUCAGACACCUUCAGCUUUGUGUGACUCAACUGCUCCUUUACCUCUGGCAGAGGCCUUCCCUUUCAUGAACCAAGAUCAGCUUCUUCAGCUGUUGUCUUCCACGGGAGGCCUGCCAUCCAUCCUCGACCCUACUGUCCUGUCCUCAUUACAGCUUGGAGGCCUGUGGUUUGGUGGCCAAAAUGGACAGGUACCCCCAUCCACUGCUUCAACACAAAAUCUUGCGGAGCAGCAGCCAAUACUGAUACAAUCAGAGACACAGCAGCAAAGCCAGGAUCAGCAACAGAAGCAACAACAAAUAAACGGCAAUCCUCUCUUUCCGUUGUUGCCGUUGUUAAGCAGUGUGCAAGGAGACUUACCUCUAAAUGUAAUGGGCAUUCUCAACCCACUUCCAACUUCAGUCUCAGCCUCCGGCACUGGACAGGAACAUGAUUUGGCUUUAACAGAAAAACCAAGUCUUCAAGCUCUGCUUAUGGCAUCUUUGCUGCUCGGGCAGAACCAGACACCUUUGUUACCCCUAUCUGGACUGAGUCAGUUGGGUCAGGUCAGCUUGGAGGUCCCUCUUCAGCAGCAGCCCCAGAUUCCCACUACUCUGGAGGGGCUCACGCUAGACAAAGCUGCUGCGCUCCUGGAUCCAUCAACUCUACACGGGUCAGGGCUUCUGGAAGUCACCCAGGGCCUUCCCCUCCCGCCUGGUGCGGAGGGGUCUAUCCAAGCUCUGCAGUCUCUGCUCCUUCCUGCUACCCUUCCUCCUCACCCAGCUACCUUCCUGCCUUUUAACCCCGCCAUCCUCACAGCUGCUCUGAACACAGCUGACCUACCCAGUAGCCAAUUAACUUCUGUUCAGCAUACCCAACCUCAGGAACUGUCUGACGCUGGUGUGGACACCCUCAUCCCGCUUCCUCUACAAGGCAAGGAAAACCCUAUUCUCCAGCAACUACUUCCUAGUUUGCUUAACCCUGCUGUGUUAGGAGACAUAUCUGGAAUCGCCGGACUCCAAAAUAUGGUGGGUAUUGGAGCAGGUUCCAUCCUCCUACCAUCAGUCCAGACCUCAUCUUUGAGCAUGCCUCUCCUUCAAAGUCCUGAUGGGACUAUCAACUUGAUUAACAAUUUACAGCUCAAUCUCACACCAUCAUCGGAGGGAGAUAAGUCCGAGUUGGUUCAGGGCACGCAUAGCCCUGCCCCUCACGUCGACAUUCCACCCUCUCAGAUCUCUCCUGAAGAGGUUACAAGUCCGGCUCCAACGCCUGUCCAAGAACCGAGUAGACAACCUCAGCGUGGGUCGGACGGCAGGCCCGUUAUCGACCCCUACACCUCUUUCAUGGAUACAAUUUACACCUCUUUCCUUCAAAUUAAUGCUAAAGAGCAAGAGGGGGGCCACUCUGGGCCGUCUGACCCUACGUCACCUUUCUGUGCCUUACCACCUGUCACUUUCCCCAUGGAGCACCAUACACUCUCCAUGCCUGCCCCAACACAGCAUCAGGCUAAUGCCCCGGUCUCCCUCAGCCCACGGCGGGCUUGCUCCUUACGAAACCCAGACUUAUCACGUCUCAGCUUGGAAGCGGCAGCCCAUUCUCCAGCUCAGGGUACGCCCAAACCCAGCGAAGAUGUGGCCACAUCGCCUUUACAAAGAAAAACAGUUAUGGUGGAGGGACAUACACAUCCAGAGCCCCCGUUGCCAUGCAUAUAUUUGGAGGAAGCUAAGACAGACUGUCUGGGUUUGGAGAGAAAGACAGGUUAUCUGAAUCCCAGGGAUGGUUGCAGUGGGAGUCCUCAUGAGGAUCUGCCAGGGACGUUGCUGCACAGUGAACAAGGAAGGGAACAAUCGGGAGCUGUGACUGGAUCCCGCCGAGGGAGAAAAAGAAAACAAACGUUGCAGAAUGUGUUGGAGGACUUCAGAGACUUGGAUGCUACAACUGCACUCGCAGAAACGGAUGCAACUGCGACGACCCUGUUAAAGCCUGAUUCAUCGGUCCGAGGCAGGAGAAGACGAGGGGCGAGGUCUCAGAGGCAGUGAUUGCUUCCUGGGCUCCAUCUUCCACCAAUCCAUGUCACCAUGUCAUGUUACUUUUUGUUAUCCUUUGUCAGUCAGCUGCACUAACAAUGCUGUUAAUGUUAACCAAUGCAAUGGCAACCAGUGGAAAAUAAAGCGAAGGACGAGCUCUUUUCUGGGGGGAAAUAUAAUUUAAUUUUUUUUUUU